UUAGAGCAUCACAUCGCGGCAUUUUACCCAGCUCACACCUCGGCAAGGGAAGAAGGGUUUUUUUUACAGUUUUAAGGGUUAAGCACAAUGGAUGGUGAUGGUUCUAAUUAAUUCUAAAAAUGUAAUAAAAUCAAACACUAUGUCCAGCUGAUGAAAUAAAAUAACUUUAGACCCAACAAAUGUCCCCAACCUCCAACAAAGAUGGAAAAUAUGUGAAAUUAGAUUUAAAUACUAAACAUAAAAGCCAAUAAGAGAAUGAAGCCUUUAAUGGAUCCAAAAGCAGUGGGAUGCUGUUGAGAGAAAUCAUUGUACUUGUGUAACAUGAGUGAGGAAAACAACAUAGGGAGCCCUUGUGACAGUAUGCAUAAGGAAAUAAAGAACAACAAUACGCAGCCUUUUGUCUAUACUGAUGGAGAUGCCAAUGCUAACCAAAUCCCCAUGGAGGAAAACCACACUGAGAGGGAAGGUUUAAUACCUCCCCUGUUGUCACAAGGCAGCACUCAGGAAAGGAUUAUUAUUUGGGGCACACAUGCCCACAGCGAGGACCCAGAGCUGGAGGAGUUUGAAUUGUUAGAGUGUCAGGAGAUGGAAGCUUUUCUAACAGAGAGAGACGUGAGGGAUCAUGAUACAAGCAAAGAACGAACAAAGAAAGACUUUUGUCAAAGACAUUCUGCCCUCACAUAUGUGGACAUAGGCAAAACAGACCAAAAUGCCAACCACAGUGAGGAUAUAGAUUUAGAUCAAAGCACUCAGCCUCUGGACCUCAGGACGUCUGCCUCUCGGUCUGGAGGAAGAAGGAUCCUAAGAGAGACACGUAGUAACUCCGAGAGCAAUGUCUUCGUUCCAACCUUUUCAACAGUAAGCAACCUCAGUGGGAGCUUGGCCAGCGCUCUUGAAAGUGCAGGAAAUACACAGUGUCCUUCUUCCCUAUCCAGCAAAGCUACCUCAGAGAAGUGCCGGUUUCAGCAGCCAUCCACAAAUAAAUCCCUUAUGCUUUCCACGCAGAGCAAAGAACAACCCAGAAAGAGGGACCAGAUUCAUAGUUUUACAAUUCUGCCUCAGGAUCCAACACAUGAGAGUAGAUCGAGCACUGAAAACGGCGACUGUGUGACAGACAGGCAGUGCUGGAGUACAGAAAAAAGCUACAAACCGCAGGAGAAUGUCCUGUCUUCCAAAUUCCAGAGAAACUUUGAAAGAGUGCCACCUUCUUGCAGGCAGCUUGUACGUCCACUCUCUCCAGGAAUGGAGCCAAAGUUAACCUCAGGACAUCCUGCAUACAAAGACAACCCCAGAGGAGAACAGCCUUCCCCUUCCUCAGACAGAGGUCCUAAUAACAGCCCCUAUCACCCAGACCUAAAGGACCAAGUGCAGAUUAACAAUAAUAAUACCCAGUCUCUUAGCUCAGGCUCAGGGAUCCAAGCCAGCCAGAUUUCUACCAAGGUAGGCACUAUCCUCAGAAGGCAGGGUUCAGCUGAAAAUACAGCCAGUGCCCUGGACAGGAAGAGUCUUUUGAGCCGCAGAGCAUACAGCAGCCCUACCAGGCCUUCAACAAUUUCAUCUCCUAAGAGUACAGGGUCUCCUCAGAGACAGACUCCAAAUUCUCCUGGGAGAUCCAGAGUGCCUACUCGAGGCCCACAGCUGGGUUAUGGUGUUUCUCAAGGGUACGGUUCUGGCCUGAGGACUCCAGUCAAAACCACAAUUAACAUGAAUGUCCAAAACCCUGUACCCCAACAAAGCUCUACGGCAACAACAUCUCCACCCAAGUGCCCCCCAAAGCCCAAAAGUGUCCGACCUAAAAUCAUCACCUAUAUACGCAAGAGCCCACAGAUUAAGCCUCAGGCCACUGAUAGUUUAUAUGAAGUCUCCUCACUGCCCACCAAACUCUCAACCUCCACAAGUUCUCCAACCCCCAAAGCACCAGCAGAGGACCCUCCUGGUGCUCCAGUGCUGAGUGCCUCUAACAUUCUGUUUGACAAGUAUCGACAGGAGUUGCAGAAGGCUCGAUAUAUGUCUCCUGAAGCAGCAGUGUCUGGGACAAAGCCUUCCAGCCAUACCAUGCCCAACAAAGCCAUAGGGAGGACGAACAACUUUUAUGGCUCGCUAGGCAACAGAUAUGUGCCUGCAGCGAUUUCCUCUGGAGCCAAGGAUCUCCCAGAAUCCCAGACAGUUACUCAAGAAACAGGGGGAUUAAUACAGCCUCCUCGAACAUUGAGACCCCAGCUUGGUGUGGGUGCUGUCAACAAGUCUCAAUCUGCUGCUGCUGCUAAGAGUAGGAUCUUCACAGCUCAGAAGUCACCUCUAGCUCUCAGUCAACCUGUACAGGCAGUGACCCCAUCAGUGACUGCGCAAGCCACCUCAUUAGUGACCCCAUCCACUCAAAGCCCACCAGAGAGUUCAGACCAAUGGAAGGCACAAUCAGCAGAACUGGGUGUCAAAUCUCUUUUGCCCAAACCAGCGGCAUCAGGCCUGCGACCUCCUGGGUAUUCCCGCCUCCCCGCAGCACGCCUUGCUGCCUUUGGCUUUGUCCGCAGCUCCAGUGUGUCCUCUGCCUCCAGCAACCAUUCCACUGACAGCACACGAAGUGAUCCGUGCAGACCAGCACAUCGUCCAGGCAGUGUCACCGACGACCCCCCUUUCCACAGGGUGAUUACAGCUUCAUGUGGAGAGGGGCAGAGAGUGCCAUGCCGCAGCAGCCCACAGCCCCCCAGCACUCCUGUUCCCACCCGCCGCCCACUGCUACCUCCUCCACCAGGCUCCCCAGUCGGUUCUCGCAAAGACUUUCAAAAGACUUCUGAAGGCUCUCAUUCGGCACUCUCGUCCCCAAAGCGUCUGGCUGUUGUUUCACCCAAACCUCAAUCACCAGUUCUGCAGAGACAGAGGGCAGCAGCAGCACGAGUCCCUGGAGUUCCUGGGGGUUCAAGCGUGCCAGUUACAGGACGCAGCGUGUCCCCAAGCUUGGAAAAGAAAAAAGAAGAGGCACAGAGAAAGGAAAAAGAGCGAGAGGAGCAGGAGAAGCGAGAAGAGGAGGUGUUGCAGCUGCAGUCUCAAUGCAAGGAGCAGAAUGAACAACUUCUGGCUCUCCGGGCUGAGCUGAAAAAGACCAUGUUGAGUUUGGAUGUCUUGGCAAUCUGCAGCCAGCACUUCUGUCUGAAGAGUGAAAAUGCUGAGCAGAAGGAGAAGGAGUUGUCUCUGGAGCUCUGCCAGAUUCAGGAGGAAGUGGUUUGCACGGCAACACGAUGGGAGCUUCUACAGCAGGAAAAGUCUGCACUGGAGCAGAGUUUCAAUCUGCAGCUGAAAGAGCUCCAGGAGCAGCAGGAGGCUGAGCUCGCCACUCUGGAGGAAGAACUCAGAACACGGCAUGCCUCCGACACAGACCACUUGAGAGCCGAGCACCAGUCACACGUGGAGGAACUGCGAACCCAGCAACAGGAGCAGAUUGAAGAGUUAACUGCUCAGCAUGAGUCAACCUUAGAUGACCUAAGAACCAUGCACAACAUGACCAUGUCAAGUCUGCAGGAGGAACAUGCCAGGGCCAUGAGAGACCUAAGGAAAGCCCAUGAAAAACAGAAAGCUACUCUACAGAAUGAUUUUGAAACACAUAAACGCGCCCUUCAGGAUCAAGUUGACAUGCUGACAUUUCAAAACCGAGCCUUACAAGACAAAGCCAAACGCUUUGAAGAGGCACUAAGGAAGAGUGCAGAUGAGCAGAUAUUGGAUGCUCUCGCCCCAUACCAGCACAUUGAGCAAGACCUUAAGAGUCUGAAGGAGGUUCUUGAGAUGAAAAACCAGCAGAUACAUGACCAGGAGAGGAAGAUCUGUCACCUGGAGAAAGUGCAGGCCCAAAAGAACAUAUAUCUGGAGGAGAAGGUGCAGGUUCUCCAACAGCAAAAUGAGGAUCUGAAGGCCCGCAUUGACUGCAAAGUUGCCCUGUCGAGGCAGCUUUCGGAGGAGAAUGCUAACCUGCAGGAGCAUGUCGAGAGAGAGUCCAAUGAAAAGAAGCGCCUGAGCCGUAACAACGAAGAGCUGCUGUGGCUUCUGCAAACCAGUCCUCAUCUCUCUCCAUCCUCCUCCCCUAGCCACAGGGUGUUCUUCGCAGGGUUUGACAAUCCCCCCUUCCCUGGUUCCCCCAGCCCUGGAACUCCCACACACUCUUAUUCCUCUGGACCCUGCACUCCUGCACAUAAAGUGAAUUCUCCUGGCCCAGGUACUCCAACUCACAGAGCCUCGCCAUCAGCCAGGAGCUCCCCAGCACGAGUCCCUAAUGCCAAGACACUAUCUAGAUAAGCUCUCUGGCAACAACGAGCAUAUCAGCUGUUAUUAAUAUUUCCUGUUACAUCACUCCUUAUUGUCUUUCAGUCUUUUUAAAGUGCUGUACUUGUGUGAUGUUAAAGAUUAUUGUUGCUCAAUGAUUUUGACUAGAAAAACGUCUCCGUCUGAGUUAAGAGACCAGAUAGAGGUUCUGACCCUGUCUGUUUCUUCUGAAAGUUUUUCAAUAUGUCAACUUUUAAACCAGUGUACAUGCAUCACUUCUGAUUGUACUGAUUGUUCUAUAGCACUUUGCAGUGCAUUUCAGUCCUACAGCCUGCUAAUACUAAGGCAGGACACAGAGGGGCCAAGCAUAACACUAUACUACAGCUAAAAAAAUGUUUAAUCCAAACCCACACUUUCUCAGCUUUCUUAGUGAUCAGCACACCAGCAGGUUAUCAACAAAACAAGAACAUUCUGUACGUUUUGAUCUCAAUAUGUAAUCAUAGACUCUAUCAUUACUGUGCUUUUAUAUUAAGACUGUACAGUUUUGCAUGGGUCAUGGUUCAGGUCUCUGGCAGGCCUUAAAGUCUGGAUGCACUGGUGGAGGAAAAGAUGGAGUCUUAGGUGUCAAUGUACAGUGCAAGUAGGCUAAAUGUACCUUGCUGCCUUAUUUCUAUAGGCCUGUGCACCUGAAAACCCUAAAACCUGAGUCAGUCAAUAGAACACUGGGUAAUAAUUCUGGUGCUGCAUAUGAAGCACAUCUAAAAACCUUUACAAAAAGUAGUGCUCAUAUGCUUUCUAUAUAAUUAUUGCCUUUAAAUACUAUAAUAAAUCACUCAGUGUACCAUCUAAAAAUGCUGAAAAAGAAGCUGAUGGAAAAACAAGUGAGCAUAAUGAUAGUGAUUGCAGAUAACAUGGUAUGAAGCAAUAGUCUUUUCAACAAAAUGUUAUAGUAUGAAACAAACGUAAAUAUGGUAAUCGACUUAGUUUCAGAAAAAUGUUUAAUAUACAGUACACAUUUGUUUACACAUUUGACGUUUGUUAAUACAAUUUUGCUGAAAACCCUCUGUUGACGCUAUACUGUAUAAUUGAUUGGGUGGAGCUGAUCAUCUCUGGUCUGGCUGAAACGAAGCACAUCUUCAAAACAGAUCAAUAAAAACAGAAGACAGGAAGAAAGACAUUUCUGAAAUAAUGGAUGGCUAAGCAUUUGUUAUUUCUAUUCAUCUUUUAAUAACUUUCUUUCGGCUUCUCCCAUUAGGGGUCGCCACAGCGGAUCCUCCGCACGUUUGAAUUGGGACAUGUUUUUACCCUGGAUGUCCUUCCUAACGCAACCCUCCCCAUUUAUCCGGGCUUGGGACCGGCACUGAAAGUGGCUGGGGUUGGUUCCCUGACCAGGGAUUGAACGCGGGCCACAGUGGUGAGAGCGCCGCAUCCUAACCACUAGACCACCAGGGACCUCCUAUUCAUCUUUAAAUAACUUCCAAAAAUUCCAACAUCUCAAACAUAAGGAGACAGACAAAUACUUUAAAACAUAUAAAUGUACAUUCCCAGUCAGUUAAGGUCCCACAACAGCCAGUCAGAAUGAACACUAGUAUUAUAUUAAAUAUUCUUCAUAACGCUUACUGCACUGAAAUUAAAAUGUUUUUGUAUAAUACUCAAAAAUAUGUUGAUUUUACCCGUGGUGUAUCCAGGUCUUCAUAUUGGCCUGCCGGAGGUCUAUGACAUCAUGCUCCAACAAACAAACUUAGAAUCUGAGGUUUUAGAACAUUGUAACUGGUUGCCGUUUGUUUGCGUGAUCAUUGGAGGUCAACAGUUUGGCCUGGUAACGUCAAUUUUGUUUAACCUCAAACAACCCAAUAAGCUAAUAUUUAAACAUUUUCUCUGGUCUUCCAGUCUUUUCUGUAAUGGCUGCCUCUCAGGGUCAUGACCCUAAGUCACCAUGUACACAUCUACUUUCUUACAGGCUGCACAUAAGUUCUGUCUCUCGGUAUGUGGUAACCACACCACACAGCACACAGGCAGCGCAUAAAGACACUACAAGAUUUUCAUGUAAAUGUUGCUAUUAGUCAUUUUUGAUAGUAAUAUUUGUAGGGUGUUGUAAUGGAAUUUUGCUAAUGUGCAUGUGUUGUUUAAAGCCGUCCAGGCUUUCUUUUGUGAAAUAUUGGGAUUGUAGUAAAUACAGAUACUAAGACUCUGGUCCAAAAGCUUCCAUAUACAUAAAAUUAGGAAUGAACUACACUUCAGUAGUUACCCAAAAACACUUUUUAUGUGUACUGCUGUUUUACCAACGAGACAGUAAACGUGUUGUUCUUCACUGGCGAAACACAGUCAAUUGAGAAUGACAGGCUAAUUCAUUUGUUUUUAUUGUAAUGUUGACCAGUUGAAGCUCUUUUUAUCUGUACUUAUAUUAACCCUUAUUAUUAACUGUGUAGAGUAGCAUUACUUAUAGAAAUGAUCCUCUCUGAAUAAAUAGAACUAGAAGAGAAUGUAGCCUAAAAAUGUCUUAAAAUGCCAUUGUAACUUUAUCUUUCAGGGAUUUUUUUUAAUAAUGGUGGGUUUUUAUUUAUUUAUAAUGAAAAAGCAUGUUUCAUUAGAUAUAGAAAUAUACCCAGAAUGUUUUUUAGUAAUAACUUACUGACAAUUGAUUCACUAUUGCCCUAGUCCAUUUUUUUAUAGCAAUAAAAUUCCAAGUAGUGAUGAAAAGUAAUUGAAUAUAAUUCACGAAGACUGAGCAAAUAAUUCAACAAAAUAUUUCACAGUGGGAACUGUAAAGAUUGUAUUUCAAAACAGAACAUUAAGCGAGAAAAAAUAAAUUCAUCUAUUCAUUUUUUGAUAACUGACACCACACAAUUUUUAAAAUUGGAAUUUUUUUAAGAUCCAGUGUUUGGUCAUAUAUUUACCUGUUUCAAAGGUAUUCCAGUUUCUGAUAUCAAUUUUGAUACUGCAUUUAAAGAAUGUUUACCGGUAUUUUUUCUAGAAUCUCAAUGUCUGAUGGUGCUUUUCAUAGGUAAAAUCAGAGGACAGCUAGCAAGAAUGAAAAGCUGUUUCCUUUUUUGCUUUCUUAAAAACAGCGUACACUACUUAUUAUUUCUUAACAAUGUUGAUUUGUUGAUAAGCACACUUUUUUGGGAAUGGGAACGGCUUUGGUUAGAGAAUAUUUUUUUACCUUAUAUGGAAAUUUUUUGAAUUGUAUUGGUUUUGCGUUUGAAAUUGUACAACUGCAUGUUGUAUCGUGGCUUGACUUGUUCAUUUUAUUUUUACAAUGUUUUGUCAGUAACGUAGUUUAUCUCUGUUGUUAAAACCUGUUGUUUAAAAUCCUCUGUUUUUUGCUAAUACAACCCAGUUAUCACAGAUUACAAGGUUACAUCAAACAUUACAAAAGGACCUAUAAUUUUAUCUAUUAACAUUACAGGUAGCAUUUAAAAGACAUUUCUGAAAACGGUUAAGUAAAUUUCUUUCAAAAUUUUGUAUAUUGAAUGCAAUAUACUUUUUCUUACAUAACAGCUGUUAUACCAGCAUAUGGAUUAUUAAAAAUCAAUAUUAGAAGACAUAAAACAAGAACAGUUUAAUCUAAUAGACAUUGGAUUAAUGUGCCUUUAUUUACUGUCUCACAGCAAAAACAGAGGAGGUUUUUAACAGUGAUAUGACUGCAGUUCUUUGAAUGUUUUAUGAUUAUCACUGCUCAUUAAGUUAAUUUGUUUUCAUUACUUCACACAUAUGAACAUUCAGAGAAUUUGUUCUGCCUCUUAUAUUGUAAGUCUCUCCAGAACCUAAACAACAUAUUUUAACUCUUGAAUCAAAAUGUUUUUUAGAGAUCAGCUACAUAUUUCAAAAUCUCUGUUUAUGACUAGAAAUUAAUGAAUGGUUCAGAAUAUCAGUAUUGAACAAAGAAACAUUUCUACCUUCAACACCAACAAGCUGUGAUGUGAAAUAUAUAAAAUUAAUAUUACUCCAAAAAAUUGUUCAAAACAUCCUGAUUUGCACUUUAGGAGCAUACUACCAUUGACAUUUGAGCUUCAGCUAGACAAAACCUGGAUAUACGUUACAUAAUAUUGUCUACAGUUAUAAAUGUUAUUAAAUAUAAAAUCCAAACGGAAUGCUGUAAGUAUUUUUUAUUAAUAUUUUAACCCCUUAAACUCCAGGACAUGUUAAUUUGUACAAACGCACAAUCCUAGCCCUCCUUAUUAGUUUUACUAAUUAAUUCAUAGUUCUUUAAAAAAUUCAACUGAUUAUUACACUAAAAGUUUAAGGGGUUAUGAUUACCUCAGUUUCUGACUACUGACAACCUUUUGCUACUGCAUCAUGGGUAAAAACUGGAUCAGGGACUGACGCUUUUCUACAGAACUGAAACUUAAAUCUCAUGAACAAAAACAUCACUGCCCACAGACUCCAUGUUUGUGGACAAUCUUACCGUUUAUGUACAUAAUAUUUAUCAUCAUAGGAAUCAGCAGUGCAUGUUUGUCUGCACAGAUCAUCUCACUUCUGUGUAUGUGCUUUUUUUUCUUUUUUUGUAUCUUUCUUUUGUGAUAGUCAACACUGUAACUGUAUCUGUAACUGUAGCUUAGUUACUAGUAAUCUUAAGGAAUGGAAAGUAUUUAUAUCUAAAAGCAUUUGUAUGCACUUUUGGGAUGGGUGGAUAUUAAAUAAAAUGGUACAGUAGUAAAUCAGAAAGAGUUGGUGUGUGUUUAUGGGGCCAGAAGCACAAAUAUGUGUGAUGUACAUUAUUUUUAUAUAUGCUAUAUAACACUAAGAUAUGCACACACACACACACACAAAAGCCAAUUCAAUGCUAAGAGCUUUAGAACAGAAACAAUAGAAGAAACAAAAAAAUAUAUAGAAUAUUAUAUUAAUUAAGACCAGUGCAAGAUGUUACAAUAUUAAAUGUAUUUUUGUGUCCAUUAUGGGAAUCGAAACACAGUACAUUCUGGCAACCAGUUUAUGAAUAAAGAAGUGAGUAAUAGAAUCUCAUUUGCCAAAAACAUUUUCCCUUGAUAUCUCUAUAUCUGUUCCUCACAUUCUUAAGGGAGAGAGAAAGGAAAACAAAUAAUGGAACCAAGGAUACCCUGUUAAAGAAAGAAGAAACAUGAAAUCUGUAUA